AAAUGGCAAAAUAUUAUGAAAAUGCCACCAUCUACAACUAUUCCUGGGAUCAAGUAACGCAAGGCUUCUGGAACCGCUACCCAAACCCGUACAGCGCGCACGUACUCUCGGAAGACACCGUCAGCCGGGAGGUGCGGAACGGGAAACUGCACAGCAAGCGGCUGCUGACCAAGACCAACCACGUGCCAAAGUGGGGCGAACGGUUCUUCAAGGCUAAGUCGGUCAAUAUUGUCGAGGAAUCGGUGGUCGAUCCGAACGAACGAACACUCGUGACGUACACGCGGAACAUUGGCUUCAACAAGAUAAUGAGUGUGGUGGAAAAGGUUGUCUACAAAUCACUUCCCGACCAGCCGGGCAAAACCAUCGCAAUCCGAUCGGCCUGGAUCGAUUCAUCCGUGUACGGAUUCGGUACCGCCAUACGUGCGUUCGGGUUGGAGCGAUUUAAGAAAAAUUGCGCCAAAACGGUCAACGGCUUCAACUACGUCCUGCAGCACAUGUUCCCGAACAAUCCGGUUGCGUUGGCGGCGGCCGCCGCAGCCAACAAGGACCUCCAAGGUUCCAAGGCACAGAAGCUACGGGAAGCGGCAAAGCAUGCGUCCGACCACAUGAAAGCGCAGGCGGAACACCUGGUACAAAAUCUAUCCGUCAAGGGCUAGGAAGGUGGCGGAAAGGAGACACAGGCGGACAAUUGACUUGGCGGGCUCC